CAUUAAUUUUUACAGUUUUUUCACUUUUCUAACCUUUGAAUUGUCAAAGUUUAUAGACUUAAAUUUCCUUACUUUAAACUUUCCUUCUUGUGGGUGUCAUUUGAAAAUGGCAUCUCUUGUCUUCUAUCUUGACUUAUGGAGAGGAGUAGUUCUUAUUCAAACUACUCUAAUUAAAUUCCACUGAAAAUUGGGUUUUUCCAAAUUUAGGUAUUCUGGUAUUCUUUAAUCCCCAAAUUUUCAAUCUUCCUUCAAUAUUAAGGUGUGUCUCAUACUCCUUAACCUCCAAAGUUGCAAUCCUUACUUCUGGGUAUGUCUCAAUUCCUGCUUAAUUUCAAUUAUUCAUAGCAUGAAUUGAAUAGGGUUUAUUGGGUUUUCACAAAAUUUCAAGUUUUUAUUUUAAUUUUUGAUUCUAGAAUUUUGUCUAUUUCAAGGGUUUAAGUUCUUUCCUUGAUUGUUUCUAUACUGGGAAGUUUUAGCUAAAUUGGGUAUAUCCAAUUUUAAGAUGAAUAGAUAUGUAAAAUUAUUUAUAUUUUGUGGGUUAAUAAAAAUAUAUAAUAAUCUCUAGUUUUUUUUGGUUCAUACAAAAUUCUGUAUCUGGGUUUAUCCAAUUUUAAGUGUAAAAUUAAAGUCCAAAUGUCCUCCAAUAGUAAGGUAUCUAUUUCUGUAGUAUGUGUAUUGUGUUCGUUGAUAUUACUGAGUAGUUAUGGAAUUUAUGGGACUGAAACUGAUAUAUUCUGUUUAAAAAGCGUUUUUGAUUCACUUAUUGAUCCUAAUGGUUAUUUGAAUGCAACAUGGAAUUUUAAGAAUCAUUCUAAGGGUGCAAUUUGUAGAUUCAGUGGCAUAGAAUGUUGGCACCCAGACGAGAGUAGGGUUCUUAAUAUUAAGUUGGGUAGUAUGGGUUUAAAGGGUCAGUUCCCUUUAGGAGUUGAGAAUUGUACUAGUUUAACUGGGUUGGAUCUUUCGGGUAACAAUUUGAACGGUUCGCUUCCUACGAAUAUUGCCAAAUAUAUCAGUUUUGUGGUUAAUCUCGAUCUUUCAGACAACGAUUUCACUGGUGCUAUACCUGAGAGUCUUGCAAACUGUAGUUACUUGAAUGAUAUUGACCUUGGGAAUAACCAUUUUUCUGGCCAAAUUCCGCUGCAACUUGGCAAUCUUGGUCGGAUUAAGAGCUUUAAUGUUGCUAAUAACAAUUUGACGGGGCAAGUUCCGAAUUUUGUGAAACUUAAUAUAUCGAAGGGGAGCUAUGCGAAUAAUCCAGGACUUUGUGGGGAUCCGUUGGAUCGGUGUACUGCUCAAAGCAAGUCCCAAUUGGCUUAUAUUGCUGGGGGAGUAGCUGGUGGUCUAACUUUAACAAUUCUCUUGAUGGUUGCUGCUUUCUUCUUCAUUUCGAAAAUGAAAAUUAUCAGAAAGAAGGUUGAAGAUCCUGAAGGGAAUAGAUGGGCAAAGAGUAUGAAGGGAACCAAAGCUGUCAAGGUUUCUAUGUUUGAGAAGACAGUCUUGAAAAUGAGUUUGGAUGACCUCAUGAAAGCGACUAAUAGCUUCAGCAACAACAAUAUGAUCGGUUCUGGAAGAAUGGGAACAAUGUACAAGGCGGUGAUGCCUGAUGGGACGCACCUUACAGUUAAAAGAUUGCAAGAUUCACAGCAGACGGAGAAAGAAUUUUUGUCGGAGAUGAAUACUCUCGGUACUGUGAGGCACCAAAACUUGGUACCGCUUUUGGGCUUCUGCACGGCAAAGAAAGAGAGGUUCUUGGUCUACAAAUAUAUGGCAAACGGAAACCUCUAUGAUUGGCUUCAUCCUUCAGAUCUGGAGGCUAAGAGCUUGAAUUGGCCUUUGAGGCUUAAAAUUGCUAUCGGCGCAGCUAAGGGAUUGGCUUGGAUGCACCAUAAUUGCAACCCUAGAAUCCUCCAUAGAAACAUAAGCUCGAAAUGUAUUUUGUUGGACGAGGAUUUCAAUCCCAAGCUCUCCGACUUUGGUCUAGCAAGACUCAUGAACCCGAUAGACACCCACAUGAGUACUUUCGUUAACGGAGAAUUUGGUGAUCUCGGGUAUGUAGCUCCCGAAUACCCGAGAAAACUUGUUGCAACUCCAAAGGGAGAUGUCUAUAGUUUCGGCACUGUCCUUUUGGAACUAGUCACGGGUGAAAAACCAACUCACGUGUCGAAUGCUCCUGAAACCUUCAAGGGUAAUUUGGUAGAAUGGAUACAUCUACUAUCAGAAAAAAACAAUCUCCGUUCUGCCAUUGAUAAGUCUCUCCGAGACAAGAGUGUUGAUAACGAACUAACACAGUUCCUUAAAGUAGCUUAUAACUGUGUUAACUUAAACGACAAGGAAAGGCCGUCAAUGUUCGAAGUGUAUCAACUAUUGAGAGCCAUUGGUCAAAACUACAACUUCACAGCCGAUGAUGAUAUACUGAUUCCUACAGAUUCCUCGGAUGCUGGUUUUCCUUCCGAGCUCAUUGUCGCUCGGGAAUGAGAAAUUUGUGAAUGAGCUUUCAGAUUCUGUGUGAUAUACAAACUUAUAGAUCAUCCUCUAUAGUAGGUUUAAUGUGUAAUUGAUCAAUAUAAAGGCUUAGAGUAGAAUUUUUCGUAAUAAAAUUAUAGUUUUCUGUGUUUAUCCUACACCUCAUUGUAUAUCCUCGUUUGAUUAUAAGAUCGAUGCAUCAAAUAUUGCUCGGUGUGAAUUGUGAUGGCGAGUUUGUUGAACUCGCAAAAUUAAUUAAAAGAAAAACUGAUUUCGGA